UAUAAGAACAGAUUAUCAUUCCGUGUCUCAAACACUGUGUUUCUCCGAAAAAUGCAAGUAGUUACAUCGGCAACAUGAAGUUGUUUUUUGUUAUAUCGACUUUCAGUCUAAUUGCAAUAUGCCACAGUGCAGAUGAAUCUUCGGAUGAAUUAAAAUUACUCACAAAAUUAUCGCCAGUAAACAAUGCACAAAAUGUAUAUCCAGAUAAUACACAAAAUCAGGGAGAUUUGGUUGAAUCUGCGAGCGAUCGAACGUUUCACAUAACUAAAGGUUAUCCUGGAGGAUAUCCUGGAUCAAUUGGUGGAUAUCCUGGGUCAAUUGGAGGAUAUCCUGGAAGAUAUCCUGGAUAUCCAUAUGAUACAGGAAUCAUUGGUUCCGUUUAUCCUGGUACAUCAUAUCGUGGUAACAACUUGAUUCCAGGAUAUGGAGGUUAUCUUGGACCAGGAGGAACCAUUGGUGGCGGAUAUGGGUAUUAUGGAAAUUAUCCUGGGUAUGGCGGAUAUGGAGGCUAUCGAGGAUAUGGAGGAUAUGGGGAUUAUGGAAGGGGAUAUUAUCCUGGUAGUUAUGGGGGUUAUGGUGUUGGAGGUUACGACGAUUUAGGAUACGGACGUGGUCGUUAUGAUGGAUACGAUAAUUAUGGUUAUGGAAACACAUAUGGUACAUAUGGCUCAACAUAUGCAGCGAGGAGUCCAUAUUCUCCUUACAGUUAUCGUAGUGAUAGUUAUGGCACUUCUUUGAGUAAUCCAUCUGGUUAUCGUGGUUAUUCAUAAACGUGAUUUUGUUAUAUUUUCACGUAAUACUU